GGAUCUGCAGAAACAAAACAAUGUAAUGCUUUUAUUCUGACACAGGUACAGCGGUGACAGGAAGUGGACGUCAGCUCCACCAUCAACCAUCAACACAGUCUAAAGAACAGAACCAGGAGUCCGUUGUUUCUGAAUCAAACUCUGGGAUUCCGACCCGUCUGCUCUGUCCAUGACCGUCACACCAAAGGCUGGGACCCAACCAGAGUCCAUCUGCAGGACCACGCUUUGGUCCGUUUCAGUCUUUGGUUCUCCUCCUCAGAGCAAAAUGAGCCAAAAUAGGGGGGAGUCAACAACUGUCCCAGAGAGGGCGGGGCCUCCCUCCAGGGGUCUGCAGAAACUCCCCAGAGGUCAAACUGUGGAUCCCAGGAGAACACUGAUGCCGGUCCAGCUCCACUCUCUGGACCCGCUUGGUUCUGGAUGCGGUUCUGCUCCAACAUGCCCUCAACAGCCCCACACGGGGGCAUCCCUGCCUGCCCAGAGAGUUAGGCAGUGCUCCUCCCCUCGGCCCCCCCUCUCAGCCCAGGCUCUGUGCUGCAGAGUUUGAGCGGCGCCAUGUGCAGCGGCCGGACCUGCUGGAGCGCGUGCUGGUCUUCAUGAGCGAGGUCCUCCUGGACUGUAUGCGGCUGUAACCAUGGUAACGUCAGGGCGGGGGGUGUGGACCCUCUCCCCCUGCCUCGUCCUCGCACUGCUCGUCUGCCGGUCGGAGCAGACGGAGGUCAAGCCUGCAUGCUGCAGCUCUGAGGAGCAUCCCAUCGCCUCCUACCAAGCCCUGCGCCCGUGGAUGUGGGAGUUCUCCCACCCAGAGGCCAAGGACUUCUCCCAGCUGGCCGUGGACCUGAGCGGGAAGCAGCUGAUCGUAGGAGCCAGGAACGCCCUCUUCCGCCUGACUUUGAACAACGUCUCCCUCAUACAGGCCUCAGAAUGGGCUCCUGAUGAAGACACGAGGCGCUCUUGUCAGAGUAAAGGCAAAUCUCAGGACGAAUGCCAAAAUUACAUCCGGGUUCUGCUGGUCAGUGGGGCGUGGCUCCUCACCUGCGGCACCAACGCCUUCACCCCGGUCUGCAUGACCCGACAGAUGUCAAACAUCAGUAAGGUGUUGGAGACGGUUAACGGCGUGGCCCGAUGUCCUUACGACCCCCGCCACAACUCCACUGCCAUGGUGACGGAGCGGGGGGAGCUGUACGCCGCCACCGUCAUCGAUUUCUCCGGCCGGGACCCGGUCAUCUAUAGGAGCCUGGGGAACAUGCCGCCGCUGCGCACCGCUCAGUACAACUCCAAGUGGCUGAAUGAGCCUCAUUUUGUGUCAUCCUACGGCAUCGGCCCCUUUGCUUACUUCUUCCUGAGAGAGUCCGCUGUGGAAAACGACUGUGGGAAGAUGGUGUUCUCCAGGGUGGCCCGGGUCUGCAAGAACGACAUGGGAGGGCGGUUCCUGCUGGAGGACACAUGGACCACGUUCAUGAAGGCCCGGCUGAACUGCUCACGCUCCGGAGAAAUCCCCUUCUACUACAACGAGCUGCAGAGCACCUUCCACCUACCAGAGCAAGACCUGAUUUACGGCGUCUUCACCACGAAUGUGAACAGUCUCUCAGCCUCUGCUGUGUGUGCGUUCAAUCUGAGCGCCAUCACUCUCGCCUUCAACGGGGCCUUCCGCUACCAGGAGAACCCCCGCACCGCCUGGCUCUCCACCCCAAACCCCAUCCCCAAUUUUCAGUGCGGUACGUUGGAGGAAGACGGGCCCGGAGGAAACCUGACCGAGCGCAGCCUCCAGGACGCCCAACGCCUCUUCCUCAUGAACGACGUUGUCCAACCUGCCACCAUCAACCCGCUGCUCACCCAGGACAACGUGCGCUUCUCCAGGCUGGUGGUGGACAUCGUCCAGGGCAAAGACGCUCUCUACCACGUCAUGUACAUUGCAACCGAGUACGGGACCAUCCUGAAAGCCCUGGCCACAACCAACAAAAGGCUUCAUGGCUGCUACCUGGAGGAGCUCAGGAUCCAGCCUCAGGGUCACACCGGACCAAUCAAAAGCCUCCAUUUACUCCACAGUGACAGAUCCCUGUUUGUAGGCCUUGACGAUCGACUGCUGAAGAUCCCGCUGGAGCGUUGUUCCAGCUACCUAACGGAGCGUCACUGCCUGGACACCCGAGACCCUUACUGCGGCUGGGAUCACAAACAGAAGCGCUGCUGCACAUUUGAAGAGAGUUCCAACAUGAACCAGUGGACCCAAAACAUCACUGAGUGUCCAGUGAGGAACCUGACGCAGGAUGGGGGUUUUGGUCCAUGGGCACCAUGGCAACCGUGCAACCAAGAUGAAGGCGACGGCUUCUUCAGCAGCUGCUGGUGUCGGUCCCGCUCCUGCGACGAACCGGUUGCCAAAUGUGGAGGUCUAGAGUGCAAAGGGCCAACCAUCCAAGUGGCAAACUGUUCCAGGAAUGGCGGCUGGACUCCCUGGUCCUCCUGGGGCCACUGCAGCAGCAGCUGUGGCAUUGGGUUUGAGGUGAGGCAGAGGUCCUGCAACAACCCGGCGCCUCGCCAUGGAGGUCGGAUCUGCGUGGGACAGGGUCGGGAGGAGAGGCUCUGCAAUGAGAAGACGCCAUGCCCCCUGCCUGUGUCAUGGACCUCCUGGAGCUCCUGGACCCACUGCAGUGCUGAAUGUGGAGGAGGGGUCCACUCCAGAACUCGGACCUGUGAGAACGGAGCCGUGUGUCCGGGAUGCGCCACAGAGUUUAAGGUCUGUAACUUAGAGGCCUGUCCUGAUGUUCGCCGCAACACCCCGUGGACCCCUUGGAUGCCAGUCAAUGUCAGCCACGACGGGUCGCGGCAAGAGCAGAGAUUCAGGUACACCUGCCGGGCCCUCCUGGCCGACCCCCAGCAGCUUCAGCUGGGGAAGAAGAAGCUGGAGACCCGAUUCUGCCCCAACGAUGGUUCUGGAGCUUGUCAGUCUGAACCCUUGGUUGAAGACUUACUAAAGUCAAGUGGCCGAACUCUGUCCCACCCCCAAAAUGCCAAAUGGGGAUCCUGGGAAAUGUGGUCCGGUUGUUCCCACCCGUGUUCUGGAGGCUUCCGGACGAGGAAACGUAGCUGCUCCACAGCGGAAGGCAGGACCAACCCCGCCGCCUGUGUUGGAUCUCCAGUGGACUAUCAGGACUGCAACACCCAGCCCUGCAAAGUGGGAGGAGCCUGGACGUGCUGGUCCUCCUGGUCUCAGUGUUCAUCCAGCUGUGGGGGCGGGUACUACCAGCGGGCUCGAACCUGCAGCAACCCACCUCCUGCGAACGGGGGAGACAUUUGCAUCGGCCUGCACACGGAGGAAGCCCUCUGCAAUACCCACGCCUGUGAAGGCUGGGGGGAGUGGGCAAACUGGGGGGAGUGCGAUGACGACGGGCUGCAGCACCGCGCUCGCCGCUGUGGGGAGCAGCAGCAGGCGGAGCUCCGCCUCUGCCAGGGGAACCUGACCCAGAGCCGACCCUGCCGGCCCCACGAGGUCCCGGUGAUUUUACCGGGACAAGAGGAGCAAAGCUGUGGAGCCUUCACUCUGUUCCAGCUGGUGGCCGUGGGCUCAGCCAGCUUCUUCGCCGCGGCGCUGCUGUCAGCGCUGGUUUACUCUUACUGCCACCACCUGAACCGCCCAUCGGCGGAGUCGGCGGUCAUCCACCCGAGCACCCCCAACCACCUGACCUACAACAAGCAGGGCAACGCUGCACCAAAGAACGACAAGUACAUCCCCAUGGAGUUCAAGAUGCUGAACAAGAACAACCUUCACGUCAAUGACGAGACGUGCAACCACUUCCCGCCCCCGCUGUCCUCCACCAACAUGUUCUCCACCACCUACUACCCCCCCUGUGUCAGCAAGUACGACUUCCACCCCGACUCCCCCUGCAGGACCUUCCUCCACAGCUGAGAGGAGGCGGGGCUCCAAACCACGCCUCCUUCUGCUCCUCAUCAUCUGCUUUUACGGUUAGAAUAAAAACUCUGUUUUGAUGCUUUUAGGCCAAAUUUCUGAUCCUUUUGUAGAAAAAGGUUCUGAUCCAGAACCUGCGUCUCGGUUCCUUGGCUCGGAACAUUGACUCCAUGGCGUCACAGGAACAUUGAGGCCAGAGGGAGGAGCCUCCAAAGUCUUCAGUCCACAACUCCAGGUUUCAUCUGCAGACUUUGAUAUUUCUAAAAGAUAAAUCUAACAUCAGGAACUUCAAAGACUUCCUUUUUUCUCAAGCUUUUCAUUUUUCCUCUGAUAGUCGGUUCACCUUUCAUGACUUUUCCAAACAGCUUCUUGUUUUGUCUGAGGGGAGCGUUAGGAGGCAGAACCUCCUCUGGACCUCCUGUCGGCCUAAGAUCUGGACUCUCAGGAUCCACUUUGUGGUUCUGGGAGUUCCUAGAAGACGACAUUUGAUGAUGAGGAGCAGAGACCCGUGAAGAAGAAAGUCUGGACGCUUUCAUCUCAUGUUUUCACUUUGGAGCAGCUCCUGUCGGCACAUUUUCAUUCCUCACAUUACUGAAAAAAAGCUUCAAAGGAACUGAGUUCACGGAAACAUCCGUUUGGAAAAGGAACCGACGAAACGUUGACCAAAAAUGUUGAUGAGGCGACUCGUGACCUGAAGAUGGACCUGCACCAAUGCUCUGGUUUAGAGUUUUUCAGUCCAGAAAAGUUGAGUUUUUUCUCUAAAUUUCCCUUUCAACUUCUUAUUUGGACAUUUUUGUCUUUCAACUCUGUUUAUAUAUAUAUUUUUUAGGAUUUCCUGGUUUCAAACAGAAACACUGAUUUCAGUUCAGCACUAAUGAAAUGAACUGGAUGUGAAGACGACCUUCAUCAACCGUCAGCUCCUUAAACUAAAUGGACGUUUUUUAAUUAGUUUUACAGCCGAGGUUUCAGUCAAAUUUGAAUUUUGCAUGAAUCAUCUCGCCAGUUUUGAUGGUUUUACUGUUAACUUUGGUCAAAUUUGAUGGAGAACCUUUUCUAAACAGGAAAAUAUUUAAAAUGUUUUUACAGCCGGUUCAGACUCGGAGGUGGUUUCUCUGACUGGAACUGCAGGUCGAGUCUCUGGUGUCACUUGUGUCACUGUCAUGUAAGGGUCUGGAGUAUUUGCAUGGGGGGGGUGAAGUACUCAACAGGGAGUUAUGGGGGGGGGGGUUCACAGUAAAAGGCUUCACAAUCAAUCUUUGUAGUUUUAUUUCUUAACAGCCUCAAACGUUGAACACCGUAAACUUAAAAGUUUUUGUCAGACGUGCACUGUAGAAAUAAAAAUCAGGCAGAAUAUUUACGACGUUGUUGCCAUGACAUCAAAGACGUCAGUCAAUUCUGUGAAUGUUUCUUUCAGAAUAAAAGCAUCAGGUCAGUUUCCCUUGAUGUAAUUGAUCCAAAAUGUGAAUAAAACUGGAUUUUCCUCCUGAAAA